AAAAAAAAGUUUUAUUUCAAUCCAGAGAGGUGAGACUUUCAUGCUACAUAAAACGGGGGUGGGUGGUAAUGCAUUUCAGCCACUUUCAACGAUGUGAAUUGUAAUUCUCAUUUUCCAGCCAAUACGCAAGAAAUUGGCCAAACGUGCAAAUGCCAAGAGAUUCGAACCCGGGUCUCAGGACUGUGAGGCAAGCCCGUGAAACUACUAAAGUGAUGUGCUGCGGGAUUUCUGAAUUCGUUUCGUGCGAACGCUUUUUCGACAGCCCGUCGACUGCAAGUCACGUUCGCGCUGACUCAGCCGGACAGGAACUCCUUUUGGAUCGCUCACGCAUCGCAAUCCCAGCUGUGGGCCGCCGCCGCCGUAGCCGCCGCCGCCUUACUACUUCCUCUUCCACGGUUAGGAACGCUCGUCCUCCCCGAGCGCGUUCGUUGUGUAAGCAACCGAACGUGUGGGUGGGCGCCCUCUCGUACCCGAUUUUGAGCCGGGUUUUUUUUUUUUUUUUUUUUUUAAACUCGAGUGGGCAGCUGGCUUCGUGUUUUCCGACUCCCCCCGCCCGCCGCGUGAUGAAGUUGAGCCGCGGUGGGAGUGACGACGAGCAGCUCUUCGCGCAGCAGCACAGCGGACGGCUGCUCGCCGCGAUGGCGGGAGGCGCGGAAUGCCGCCGUGGGAGCCUCUGAGUGACAAAACAGCCGUCGAGCGUCACCCUUUUUUUUUUUUUUUUUUCAUUUUUUGUUUUAUGGGACACGUCGCCCGCCGCGUUCAAGUGAAAGGCUCCCGGUCCUUGUUAGCUUGUCGCCGUUGCCUGCUACCCCCGAGCGAGGAGCCUCCUCCCCGGGUAGACCUCGCCCACCCACCGCGGUGCUCCGAAGCGGUCAUAUUGUAGUUGUUUUUCUCGGUAAAAGUGGUGUUGUUGUUGUUUUUUUAAAAUACUGUAUACAGUUUUUUAGAGGGGUAAGAGUGGGGGGGACAAGGGCCGAGUGGAGGUGAAGUUCGGGCGAUGCUGUUAUGGCCGCCUCCGGAGCUCCGAAGUGUCCGAGGAGUGAGAAGUUGGACGAGGCGCAGGCUUUGGCCAAAAGCUGCGCGGGGAGACCCGACUUCUUGCCGUGUGACGGGCUCUCCAUCUGCGCCACGCACAGCCACGGAAAGUGCUUCAAGCUGCACUGGUGCUGCCACCUGGGAUGGUGUCACUGCAAGUACGUGUACCAGCCCAUGACCAACGUGUGCCAGCUGCCCAGCACGGCGGUGCCCCCCGCAGCCAGCGACUACAGCAGCAGCAUGGACCUGUCGGUCUCCCUGGCCGAGCGCUUCCUCAAGCUGGCGCCCUGCUUCCGCUCGCCCCCCCACCUGGAGUCCCCCAAGUACUGCGUCAUUGCCGACCUCUUCGUGGACGACUACGUGGUGAAGCGCAUCAACGGGAAGAUGUGCUACGUGCAGCGCCCCCUGCCCGAACCCCCCCGGCCGCCCGCGUCCCCCGCGCCUCAGAAGCCUCGCGACGCCCCUCAGCCGCGCCAGGCCGUCAAGGCCGCGCCGCCGCCGCCCGCCGGGGUCUUGCGCUGUGAUCGCAAACACGCCUCCCCCCUGGACCGGGUCAAGGGUCCCAAAAUGGACCACUGCUCGUCCCCGUCCAGCUCCGAGGACUCCGGCAUCAACGCGCUGGGCCUGCACUGUAUGGAAUCCUGCGAGGACGAGAGCGAGCAGGACGACGACGACGACGACGAGCUGAGCACGGACGGGAACUCGAGUCCCGGAAGUCUGUGGGAUCAGGACGACAGCUCCCUGCUCUCUCCGUCAAAGUCGACCAUCGAGAUCAUCGAAAAGAUCGAAACGACUGUCUAAAGGAGGAUUUACCAGAGAUGAGCCCGGAGGAUCAAACCCCGUUAUGGCGAACACGGGCCGCGCAGGGGGGGCGGUUCGGGGCUUUGUCUUGUUUGUUUUCCUCUUCACUCCCUCUCGUCACGUUCCCUGCAUGGAAUGAAUUUCUACUACUUUCGACCAAACGGGACGCAAACAACAAGCACAAGAGUGUCAAGCACACGCACGGUGGACCAAAGAGCACGCUAUGGGAAAUGCCAAGGACAAAAAAAAAAAAAAAAAAGGAAAGGAAAGGAGAGUGAGAGUGAGGGCCACGCUGAAAAGAAUACAAAACAAAAGAAAGAAAAAAAGCAUGAAGUUUGGACAUUUUACCUUUUAUUUUGUCGGAAAAACAGUUUUCAGCUUUUCAUUUUGCGAUUGUUUUGUUUGUCUUUUUAAACAUCAUGUUACAAACCUGAAUUUUUUUUUUUUUUUUUUUUUUUUCACAAAUAGACAAACGCGCCAAGGCCUUGUGCGUUUUUUUCCUCCCGAUCAAGAUCACAACAUUAUCAUUUUGUUGUAAGAACACAACUGUGUUCUCAUGCAAGUAGAAUUUUUCCUAAAGUUACUUUUGUACUUUUUAGGACCUUUUUUUUUUUUCCAUUUAAUAUUACACCAUUUCACUCAAAUGCAGCCCCUCUGUACAUUUACCGUAAUACCCGGCAUACAGUGUGCACCCGGUUAUAAGCCUCACCCAGUUUAUUUGUAAAGGAAACACUAUUUGUGACAUAGAUACGCCUCAGCUGUGUAAAAGGUGCAAGUCCCCACAUUGAAACACGAGAUAUUUACAAAGACGGUACACACAGAUCUUAACACUAGCGCAACCGCGCUAACGCCAAUGCUAGCGACGCCGCGUCAACGCUAUUGCUAGCACUGCCGCGCUAACAAGGCUGGUUUAAAAAAAAAAAAAAAAACAUACUGGUAAAAAUCACUGAGACAUGGCAGUAACACGCUAGCGCAGCGCUAUCAGGGCCAGACCGGUAAAAGUCACUUCCUCUGCACAUAUAUUCCAGCAGCCUCACUCUUACCUUUUCCGCUCGAGUGCCCCCCUUGCGGCCGCUAGAAAACAUGCACAAAUUAGCCGCAUCACCGCAUAAACCGCAGGGUUGAAAGCGUGUGAAAAAAAGUCACGGCUGGUAGGCCGGAAAUUACGGUAUUUUAUAUCAAAAGUCUGUCUUAAAACUUUUAACGGUAUACUGUUUCUUUGUGAGAAAUUGGCUUUAUUAUGGUAAUAUGUCGACCCCCCCCACCCCCCCUUAUUGUUUUUUCUUCUCAGCGUGGUCCUAAUAAUACUCGUCACGCAGCGCAAGAUAUCAAGCGUUCCCUUGCUGAAAAUGAGCGUCCUCGAUUGUUCUCUGACCAAAAAGCUUCGGCUCCGUCCCGCCCGUACGCAGGUGCGGAAAAAUCUUCACAUCGUAAGGACGAGGCCGGCCGAGCCUUCGAGCCGCGUUUGCGCGCACCAUUUCCACCAUUUAGGCAGGGAGCUUCGUGUUCGACAAUCAAGGAUUUUCCACACAAGCACAUUCCGACGCGGUGCCUGCCAGCGAGGACCAAGAAUCCGGUCCGGUCCAAUCCGAGAAUUUGGACUUAAAUCCAAGCAGGACUUGUUAGCCACCAAGAAAUUCAACAGCGCUGAUGUGCCUCAGUGGGACUCAAAGACGAGAGGACACGUCCAGUACGAUAUACUAGAAAGUUCUAUUAGAUUUAAACACUGUCAUUUGCUUUUUUUUGGAGCGAAAACGUCUUGUGAGGAGUGUGGUGACGGCGCCCGAGUUAAGCAGUGCACAAAUAUGAUUUUCAAUACAGUAACAUGUAUGUGAUGCCUACAAUGUUAGAGUUCAAUAUAUCACGUGAACACAAGGGAGUCGCAUUUAUUGAGUCAAAUAAAAAGAGUUGGCAAAAGCAUCGUUGAGUCCAACUGAUUCAUUUCAAAUGAUUCAAAACAAAAUACUGACGGCAUCGAAAAUAGCGCUUUGCAUGUCUAUAUUUAGCUAGAAAAUAAUUAUUGAACAUAAGGUAUGUGUUGGUCACAAUGUUCAGGGGCAAAGCAAAAACCGCUAUUUGCACAAAUUGGGUUAGUACCAAUAACAGUCACAUUUUCUCAUUAUUUUCUUACCAAUAAAUACUCGUGAAAUUGCGUUUUCUUCUAUUUUGUCUUUUGUUGAUAGAAAUUACAAGUAAAUAUCCAAUAAAAGGCAGCAUUUGGCCAUAAUUGGGAGCACGGUUGCCUCAUAGUGCAGGGAUUUUUUUUUUUCCCCAUGAGGCCUUGUGCCAUCCUGA